AUGGCCGGUCUCUUCAGACUAUGGCAUGAAAAACAUAAUUUACCAGCAGACCCAAAGCACAUCUCCUUCCAUGGGAAAGCCGUGCUCAUCACCGGCGCCACCUCCGGUUUGGGAUUCGAAGCAUCAAUCAAGUUCGUGCAACAGGGUGUCUCGUCACUAAUAAUCGGCAGCCGUGACCAGGAACGAGGCAAGAAAGCCAAAGAACGACUAGAGCAACUUACCGGCCGUUCUGUCGUACAAGUCUGGCCACUUGAUAUGAGCUCUUUCCACAGUGUAGUCGAAUUUGCAUCCCGAGUUGACCGCAACAUGCCAAAGCUGGAUGUGGCCAUCCUGAAUGCCGGCGUUAUGCAUCGGGAAUACACUCUCUCGCAGGACGGAUGGGAAGAUACGCUGCAGGUGAAUACGCUUUCAACGGCGUUGCUAGCGCUGUUGUUGCUGCCCAAACUUGAACAAUCUCUACCCGUACCGCGAUCAUCGACAUCAGCUUCAGGAGAGGCAUCUACACCCCAUCUCGUCAUUGUUUCCAGCGGUACGGCCGUGCGCAUCGCUGAAAAAGACCUCCCGCCAUCAACAUCCCGAGCUCCGCUAUUGAGCUAUUUGAACCAAUCCUCACAGACAAACGGACCCUCGGCACGAAAGAGAUACGCAAUAACAAAGCUACUAAUCGAAUAUGUAGCCCGGCAUAUCGCAAAGGAGCUCGCCCAGAACACAACCAGUACUGCCACGGCCACGGGUGGCAAUCUGAACGUGAUAGUAAACACUGUCAAACCGGGGUUAUGUGUUUCGUCGCUUGGACGGGAAUACACCAACAACAACAGCCGCUGGUAUGAAAGGUGGGCGCUUGGGUUGUUCAAUAAAUUAUUUGCGCGGCCAACAGAAGCUGGAAGUAGAGUUCUGGUUGGCGCAAGUGUGCAAGGGUAUGAGUCUCAUGGUAGGAUGUGGAAAGGGGAUAGGUAUUUGGAGUAUGUUAUUGCUUAA